CUUUCUACAAGCUUCUUCGUCUUAUUUAUAAUUCGAAUUACUGUAAAGAUCUUCUGCUCUUUUCUGUGGUUUGUUUCCGUUUUGUCUCUCGUUCGCCCCCCUCUGCAAUCCAAACAACGAGACCUAUCCGUGAGAGCCGACUUUGCUUGAAAAAAUGUCUCACGACAACCAAUACUAUGACCCUAAUCAGGGUCAGCACCCCAAUAUGAACCAUGCCGAAGGUGCCUACUACGAUCCUAACCAGCCCCAGGGCGGUUACGAGGCCACCCAGGGCUACGACCAGGAGUACUACGACAACCAGGACGGCAGCUACUACAACCAGCAGCCGUAUGACAUGGACGGGUACCAGGACCAGAACGCUGGUUACUACGACCAAUCGCAGAUGCGUGGUGUCCAAGGUCAGGAUCCAGAAGCUUUCUCUGACUUCUCCUACGGCGGUGCAGGUGGCCAGACGCCGGGUGCUGGGUACGACAACUACGGCGCCCAGUACACGCCAUCGCAGAUCAGCUACGGCGGUGCCAGAUCAUCUGGUGCUUCCACGCCAAUCUACGGUGGCCAGGGCACCUUCGACUCCGCCCAGUUCCAGCAGGCCAACUCCACGUUGCCGUACCCAGCUUGGACCGCGGACCCGCAGGUCCCAAUCAAGGUUGAGCGCAUCGAGGAUAUCUUCAUCGAUCUCACCAACAAGUUUGGGUUCCAGCGUGACUCCAUGAGAAACAUGUUCGACCACUUCAUGGCGCUCUUGGAUUCCAGAACCUCCAGAAUGUCGCCGGCGCAGGCCUUGUUGUCGUUGCACGCCGACUACAUCGGUGGUGAUAACGCCAACUACAAGAAGUGGUACUUUGCCUCGCAGCAGGACUUGGACGACUCUCUCGGGUUCGCCACUGUGAACGUGGGCAAGUUGGGCCGUAAAGCCAAGCGUGCGGCCAAGAAGUCCAAGAAGGCCCGUGAUGCCGCUGAGACCUUGGGUCAGGACGUGGACGCGUUAGCCACCGAGUUGGAGGGUGACUACUCUCUUGAGGCAGCGGAGAUCCAGUGGAGAGCGCGCAUGAACGUGUUGUCUCCGGAGGAGAGGGUCCGCGACAUUGCGUUGUACUUGUUGUUGUGGGGUGAGGCCAAUCAGGUCAGAUUCACCCCAGAGUUGUUGUGCUACAUCUACAAGACUGCUUGGGAUUACCUCAACUCGCCGUUGUGCCAACAGAGAACCGACCCAAUCCCGGAGGGUGACUACUUGAACAGAGUUAUCACUCCGUUGUACACCUACUUGCGUGAUCAGGUCUACCAAGUGGUGGACGGGCGUUUCGUCAAGCGUGAGAGGGACCACAACAAGGUCAUCGGUUACGACGAUGUUAACCAGUUGUUUUGGUACCCAGAGGGCAUUUGCCGCAUCGUCUUCGAGGACGGCACCCGUUUGGUCGAUAUUCCAAAGGAGGAGCGUUUCCUCCGCUUGGGUGAGUGCGCCUGGGCGGAUGUCUUCUUCAAGACCUACAAGGAGAUCAGAACCUGGUUCCACUUCGUCACGAACUUUAACCGUAUCUGGAUCAUCCACGGUUCCAUCUACUGGAUGUACACGGCCUUCAACUCGCCAACUUUGUACACCAAAGACUACCAGCAGUUGCUCAACAACCAGCCAUUGGCUUCUUCCAGAUGGUCUUCCGUCGCGCUUGCCGGUGCCUUUGCUUCGUUCAUCCAGAUUGCCGCCACCAUCUGUGAGUAUAUCUUUGUGCCUAGAAAGUGGGCCGGAGCCCAGCGCUUGACCCGUCGUAUGAUGUUCUUGAUCUUGAUUUUCCUCAUCAACUUGGCGCCUAACGUGUUCGUAUUCUAUUGGACUGGGACAAUCCAUUACUCCAAAUCCGCGCACAUUGUUUCCAUUGUUGCCUUCUUUAUCGCCGUUUUCACCUUGCUCUUCUUUGCUGCCAUGCCAUUGGGUGGUCUUUUCACGUCCUACAUGAACAAGCGUUCACGUAAGUUCUUGUCCUCCCAGACCUUCACCGCCAAUUUUGCGUCGUUGAAAGGCUUGGACAUGUGGGUUUCCUACUUCUUCUGGAUGUUGGUCUUUGGUGCUAAGUUGGCGGAAUCGUACUUCUUUUUGACCUUGUCGUUAAGAGAUCCGAUCCGUAACUUGUCCACCAUGUCGAUGACCAGAUGUUGGGGUGAAGUGUGGUUCAAAAAAGUCUUGUGUAAGGUCCAGCCCUCCAUUGUAUUGGGCUUGAUGUACACUGUCGAUUUGCUCUUGUUCUUCUUGGAUACCUAUAUGUGGUACAUUGUGUGUAACUUUGUCUUCUCCGUUGCUCGUUCCUUCUAUUUGGGUAUCUCGAUCUUGACUCCAUGGAGAAACAUCUUCACCCGUUUGCCAAAGAGAGUUUACUCCAAGGUUUUGGCCACCACCGAUAUGGAAAUCAAGUACAAGCCGAAGGUGUUGAUCUCCCAGAUCUGGAAUGCCAUCAUCAUCUCCAUGUACAGAGAGCACUUGUUGGCCAUCGACCACGUCCAGAAGUUGUUAUACCACCAGGUCGCCUCCGAAGUUGAGGGCAAGCGCACCUUGAGAGCGCCAACCUUCUUCGUUGCCCAGGACGAUAACAACUUCACCACCGAGUUCUUCCCGGCUGACUCCGAAGCCGAAAGACGUAUCUCUUUCUUUGCCCAGUCGUUGGCCACCGCCAUCCCUGAGCCUUUGCCUGUCGACAACAUGCCUACCUUCACCGUCUUCACUCCGCACUACUCCGAAAAGAUUUUGUUGUCUUUGAGAGAGAUCAUCAGGGAGGAUGACCAGUUCUCCCGUGUCACCCUUUUGGAAUACUUGAAGCAGUUGCAUCCGGUUGAGUGGGAUUGUUUCGUCAAGGACACCAAGAUUUUGGCUGAAGAAACCGCUGCCUUCGAAAAUGGCGGCGAACCAGAGAAGGAUGAGGACGUGUUAAAGUCCAAAAUUGACGAUUUGCCAUUCUACUGUAUUGGUUUCAAGUCUGCUGCUCCAGAAUACACUUUGAGAACGCGUAUCUGGGCCUCUUUGAGAUCGCAGACCUUGUACCGUACCGUUUCUGGUUUCAUGAACAACUCCCGUGCUAUUAAGUUGUUGUACCGCGUGGAGAACCCUGAGUUAGUCCAGUACUACGGUGGUGACCCAGAGGGUUUGGAACAGGCCUUGGAAAGAAUGGCAAGAAGAAAGUUCAAAUUUAUUGUAUCCAUGCAGAGAUUGUCCAAGUUCAAGCCGGAAGAGAUGGAGAAUGCUGAAUUCUUGUUGCGUGCCUACCCAGAUUUGCAGAUUGCCUAUUUGGACGAAGAACCACCUUUGAACGAGGGUGAGGAACCAAGAGUGUUCUCCGCCUUGAUUGAUGGCCACUGUGAACAGCUCGAGGACGGCCGUCGUAGACCAAAGUUCAGAGUCCAGUUGUCUGGUAACCCAAUCUUGGGUGAUGGUAAGUCCGAUAACCAGAACCAUGCGUUGAUUUUCUACCGUGGUGAAUACAUUCAAUUGAUCGAUGCCAACCAGGAUAACUACUUGGAAGAGUGUUUGAAGAUCAGAUCUGUCUUGGCCGAAUUCGAGGAAUUGAACGUCGACCACGUGAACCCGUACGCUCCAAACUUGAAGUCUGAACAGAAAGACAACUUCAAGCCAGUAGCCAUUGUCGGUGCCCGUGAAUACAUUUUCUCCGAGAACUCGGGUAUUUUGGGUGACGUUGCCGCCGGUAAGGAACAAACCUUUGGUACCUUGUUUGCCAGAACCUUGGCCCAGAUCGGUGGUAAGUUGCAUUACGGUCAUCCUGAUUUCUUGAACGGUAUCUUUAUGACCACCAGAGGUGGUGUGUCCAAGGCGCAGAAGGGUUUGCACUUGAACGAGGAUAUUUAUGCCGGUAUGAACGCUUUGUUGCGUGGUGGUAGAAUCAAGCACUGUGAGUACUACCAGUGUGGUAAGGGUCGUGACAUGGGUUUCGGUUCUAUUUUGAAUUUCACCACUAAGAUUGGUGCCGGUAUGGGUGAACAGAUGUUAUCCCGCGAGUACUAUUACUUGGGUACCCAGUUGCCGUUGGACCGUUUCUUGUCCUUCUACUACGCUCACCCUGGUUUCCAUGUCAACAACUUGUUCAUUCAGUUGUCUUUGCAGAUGUUUAUGUUGGUUUUGGUCAACUUGAACUCCUUGGCCCACGAGUCGAUCCUUUGUGACUAUGAUAAGAACAAGCCUAUCACCGAUCUUUUGAAACCUAUUGGCUGUUACAACUUGGACCCAGCGAUUGAUUGGGUUCGUCGUUACACCUUGUCCAUUUUCAUUGUCUUCUUCAUCUCCUUUAUUCCUUUGGUUAUCCAGGAGUUGAUCGAGCGUGGUGUUUGGAAGGCGACUCAGAGAUUCUGUCGUCAUUUUGCCUCCUUGUCUCCAAUGUUCGAGGUGUUUGUGGCCCAGAUCUAUGCCUCUGCCUUGAUUACUGACAUCACUAUCGGUGGUGCUCGUUACAUUGCCACCGGUAGAGGUUUUGCCACUUCCCGUAUUCCGUUUUCCAUCUUGUACUCCCGUUUCGCUGACUCUUCCAUCUACAUGGGUGCCAGGUUGAUGGUGAUGUUGUUGUUUGGUACCGCUGCUCACUGGCAGCCUGCUUUGUUGUGGUUCUGGGCUGCUUUGGCCGCUUUGAUGUGGUCUCCGUUCAUUUUCAACCCCCACCAGUUCUCGUGGCAAGAUUUCUUCAUUGACUACCGUGAUUUCAUCAGAUGGUUGUCUCGUGGUAACACCAAAUGGCACAGAAACUCUUGGAUUGGUUACGUUCGUUUAUCUAGAUCCAGGGUCACCGGCUACAAGCGCGCGCUUGUGGGUGACAUUUCUGAAAAGGCUGCUGGUGAUGCUAGCAGAGCUCAUCGUUCGAACAUUAUCUUUGCUGAUCUUAUUCCGUGCAUCAUCUACACUGCUGGGUGUUUCGUGGCCUACACGUUCAUCAACGCUCAGAAUGGUGUCAGCGCGGAUGACAAGAAAGAUGUCAACUCGGUCUUGCGUGUUGUGAUUUGCGCUUUGGGUCCAGUUGUGAUCAACAUGGGUGUCUUGUUCUUCUGUUCCGCUCUUGCUUGUUGUGGUGGUCCGCUUUUGGCCUUGUGUUGUAAGAAGACUGGUGCUGUCCUUGCUGGUUUUGCCCAUGGUGUUGCUGUUGUUAUCCACAUCGUCUGUUUCAUGGGUAUGUGGGUCUUGGAAGGUUUCUCUUUCCCAAGAAUGAUGAUUGGGUUCAUCACUACUGUGUACAUUCAGAGAUUGCUCUUUAAGAUCAUGACCCUCUUGUUCUUGACGCGUGAAUUCAAGAACGAUCACGCCAACACUUCUUUCUGGACUGGUAAGUGGUACGGGUCUGGUUUGGGAUGGAUGGCCUGGACUCAACCAGCUCGUGAAUUCUGUGCUAAGACUAUCGAGAUGUCUGAGUUUGCUGGUGACUUUGUCUUGGCCCAUAUUUUGUUGAUCUUCCAGUUCCCAAUCUUGUGCAUUCCUGUUAUUGAUAGAUGGCACUCUUUGAUGUUGUUCUGGUUAAAGCCUUCGAGACAAAUCCGUCCACCGAUCUACUCGUUGAAGCAAGCUCGUUUGCGUAAGAGAAUGGUGAGAAAGUACGCUACUUUGUACUUUAUCAUCAUGAUUAUCUUCGUCGGUAUUAUCGCCGGUCCAGCUGCUUACGCCACUUCCUCUGCAAGCUCUGGGAAGGAUACGAUAUACGACAAAUUAAAUGGGGAUCUUACGGGCAUAUUGAAAGGUCUUAUCCAGCCAAGGUUCCAAGACAACGACGAUACCGGUGACAAUGCUCCAGCCACUGUCAUCACCACAACUUCAUCCUUCCUGUCGUGGUCUACCAAGGCUUAGACGUUUAGCUCUGGAUUCUAUCACUUUUCUCAGUUUUGUAAAUCAAGACGAGAACUUCCCCCCUUUCCCUCUUUUAUUUUUUAUUUAUAGGUUCCUCUACCUUGAACACC